AUGGUGGGAGAGCAUCUAAAUUUAGCCCUUGAUGGAAUUAACCUCGAUUUAAAUAAAAUCAAUUUCUGGAAGGAAAAUGUUUACAAUCUUGUAAAUUUAAAUUAUGCACCGAAACCAGGAUAUCAGUUUGUAAAGAUCACAAAUUCAAAAGCAGUUUUAUGGGAGACCGAUGGUUCAACAUUUUGCAGAAAAGUUACUGUUUCGCAACAUAACAGCUCAUUCAUCUUCCUAUAUAUUAAUAUUACUAAUAAAGUAGAUUCAAAGUCACUGUAUUUUGUGAACUCACAAUGGCAUUCCACCAUUGGUGAUUCUAGUCCUAAUGUUGCACAAUCAACUCUGAAAAAACAGAGACAAGCGAUUAUAAACCAGCCCAAAGAUGAUUGGUGUCGAGUAAAAUCGACGGAUUUUUUUGAGAAGCUCAGCAAGGUCGUCGAGCUACACCAGUUUUUUUCCGAAGUUGAGCUUAAUUUGGGUUCAAAGUUGAACCACAGACAAUUUUUCAUAAACAACUCACACAAACUCUUAAUUGAUGUUUAUUUGCCCAAACUUGGCUAUAAACUAACAAAGGUCAAAUCAGGCCUAUUUGAAAUCUGGAGUUCAAAUUCACCCAACGAGAAAUGUAUUACAGCCUUCGCAUAUCCAAGAACUAGGUACUCGUAUCUCCAUCUAGUAAUUGAAACUGACUCUCCUAGUUCACCGAGUAGUUUGACAGGCACUAACACUAACACAGCUGGAAGAAGAAAAAAUUUGUAUUACAAAAGAUCAAUAUACCGUUGGAAUGAAGUAUCAAAGGAGGAAUUCUUUAGCCACUUUGAGAUGGAUUUUGGCAAAACUGGAGUUAACGGGGAAGUAUGUAACUUGGAACGCGAUCUUUACUGUUACUACUAUAAGAAUAUACCACUUAAAAUAGAUAACAUUGACGAGGAUCUUUUCUUCGUGACUAAAACAUACUGCGAAAAGGUUACCAACCUUUCAAUCAACCCGAAACCAGGUUUCUUCCUAAAGGAAAUUUACCUGGACCGAUUUAUACUAAAGUGCUCCAAAAUUGAAAACGUACUAUUAGUUAACUUACACAUGUAUAACGAAGAACUCGUUACCUUUUACAUUGUUUUAUCAACCUUUAAUUUCAAGUCUAAGUUUUCUAGACCACUCCAAUCACCAGAAGUUAGUUCUACUAACAACUUGAAUGGGUUGACCAACUCACACUCUCCAUAUUUGGUCAAGGACACCACAAACUUGAAUUCAACAAUUAAAGCCCAAACCCAAAUCAGCCCAGAAAGUGUAAAUACUAUCUUGUACUUCAAAAAGAGAGAUUCAACGUGGGCAUUGGUAAGUUACUCAGAUUAUAUGUCAACGUUUACCAGCUUUUCAUAUUAUAAGCCGAACUUUGAUUUCACAAACAGCAUUAAUAGUACGAAAAGCUCAAGCAGGUCAAAUAGCAUAGGGAUUAGCAGAAGGCCAAAUUUUAUGCACAAAAAUAGAUUUUCAAGAGUAGUGCACAUGAGGAACCUUUUGAGGAAGAAUUUAAACAUCCAAGACGAAGUUUUCCAAGGUAAAAUAUUUUCAAAUACCUUCAAAAAUCAUAAAAACUUAAACAUCAGAACGUACUUCUCACCAUCAGAAAAUUACAUCUGCCCCAAAAAAGUUAGUAGAUUUUACGAAUUCGCUAGUGAAAAAAAUGUAAUUCUGGUCCACGGGAUGGCGUCUAGUUUCAUGGACCAAUUUAUGGCCGUAAAUUUUACAAAAGCCUUGCAGAAAUACAAUUAUUUAAACCUAAAUCCAUACUUUAUGGCCCCAAUUGGCCCAUUAUCGUCUAAUUUUAUCCACAAAAGAACAAUGUUAAAUGGCGUAAUGAGCCACAACGAGAUACUGUACGGAUAUAGAAAGAGGCAAAGCGUUAACAUAAAUACGAUUCGUAAAAAUCCAUUACACAGGCUAAAAUUUCACAAGCUGAUAAACUUAAAAAGGUACAAGUACUAUUUCAACACUGCAAUUACUCGAAGAAGACCACAUCUUAUCCGAUAUAACACAUAUAAUACGAAGACAUAUUAUAGGAACCCAUCCAAUGCCAGGAUAGGGUACACAAAUAAUGUGUCUGAGUAUAGGUCAUUCGUUUAUCCAUCGUAUAAACGAAACUUAGCACUGUCAAACAGUAGGAAAUACUUCGACGUCUUCAACCCCUCCAAUCAAUACAUGGAGAACAUUCUAGAUGUGUUUAAAUCUUGUUCCUAUACUGGAAGUUUGGUAGAGUUGCUGAAUAAACUCGGAUAUAACGUCUACGCAUUGGAUUUGCAGUCCCAUGGUUUAUCUGAAAGCGCCACUAAGAUCAAGUGUCACGUGACCGAUUAUCAAGAUUACGUGCUCGACCUUAUUCAGUUCAUUGAAAUUGUGAAGACAGGUAAGUUUUUUGACAACUCUGACUCUUGUGACUUCCAAUAUCAAACGAAUUCGCUGAACAUGCAAUUUAGCCAAGAACUUAACCAAUACUCGAGUGAGGAACAGGAAAAUAACACGGACUACUUCAGUAGUAUGAACAAUAGCCCAAUUAGUAACGAGUCGUCGAACACCUUAAAGAAUUAUAUCAACUCCCCAACAUCAAAAGAAAAACAAAAGGAACAAUACGUACUGAUUGCGCAUUCUAUGGGUGCCAAUAUCUCCUUACAAGCAAUCAAGCAAUAUAAUUCCUCACAAAGUACUGUAUCUGGUGAAAUUAAUCAAUGUUGUACAUGUGCAAAACAGGCAAGUGGACGGAGUACUGAUAGCAAUGAAAACCUCUUGGUGGAUGUUUUUAUAAGUGUAUCCGGAAUGUAUAACGUCUUGGACAUUUUAACAAAAACCGUCAAGAAGAUAUUCCCCAUUUUCUUUAAAUUCUCUUCUAUGUUCGCACCUGCACUCAACAACGUUCCGCUCAAGUUUCGUGAUUACACCACCACUUUCAGACUAUACAAACGCUUCCACGUAUGUUUCACAUAA